AACUUUAUUUAUUAACUUAAUUUUAUUUAUUAAUUUUAGCUUGGAUUAAGUACAAUGUUCAAACAUAGUGCAAAUUUCAGUCGUAUUUCCAAUAAGCCACUUAUAGUUGAUAAAAUUUUGCAUAAAGCAAUUAUAGAAGUUAAUGAAGCAGGUACUGAAGCCGCGGCUGCAACAGUUGUUCAGAUGAGACUUCGACGUAUGGCACAUUUCAAGGAACCAGAACAAUUUAUAGUCGAUCGGCCUUUCAUGUUUAUAAUUGAAUAUAAACCGAAAAAUAUACCUCUUUUUAUCGGAAAUAUACGGGAUAUACAAAUUACUCCCCAAAAAGAUGAAUUAUAAAUUCUUUCUACAUCAAUGAAGAGUGUAACACUGGAUUGAAGCAAAUAUUUCUGUUUAUACAUACAUAUAUAAUAUAAUACAUUUAUGCUACAUAAAUGUAAAAAUUGUACAAAAGAAACGUGAUUCAAAAGUUA